AUGUCACCGCAGUCACUGCUAUUGAUCGAUGAAAUUGUUCUCCGCGAACAAGGGGCGUCUAUUAAUGUCAUGCAGCUAGAUAUCACCAUGUUCACCAUGUUUAAUGCGUUGGAGCGUUCGAUGGCACAUUGGACGAGGUUAUUAGGAGAAGUCGGAUUGAAGAUUACCGAGGUCUACAGAUAUGAUUCGUAUGGGGAGCAUUGCAUAUUGGAGGUCUUGCCUGUGGAGUAA